GCAUCUUCAUCUUGCAGUGAAUGUGAUAAAAACAUUAAUAACAAAUAAAAGCUAAAAAAUAAAACGUUUAUCAUAAAAAAAAUCCAAAAACAUCCUUUCAAAAUGAAGAUCGAAACCGGACUAUCCUCUUCUUGACCAUGAGGGUGGAUCGUAGACUUACAGGUGGCAGGAGAGAGGUCCAGUAUAUCAGGCGUGGCUGAGGAGGGCGUUUACGAAGAGAGGAGUGACGGAAAGACGGCAGAAAAGAGGGGAACAGGAGACUAACAGAGGGAAGAGGACGGUAGACGCCAACAGACCCCGCCUGGGUAGAACCGCUGACUCAGCCAAGGACAAGACUUCGACUGAGUUGGUUCCACUCGAUUAUCAGCUGGUUGACUGCGUCUUUUUUUUUUCCCUUGACUGGCGUCGUGGUGGCUUGCGUCGCCACCUACUUGGUCAUUAGGCGUGUUCUUACCUGAGGGGAAAAGUAGGGGAAUCCCUCUUACCUCAGGGGAAACUUAAGGGAACCCCUUUAGCCGUCCUCUGACCUCAGUGGAACCUAAGGAGUUUGAGCUGCCCUCUUACCUCAGGAAACCCGUGUGAUAUCCAAGACGAAAUCAGGGGCAAAGAUAAGGGCAUCCCCUCAGGGACCGUAAACGAACCACAGAGAAACCCGAAGGAGAUCGAAAAGGGAAGCUUCUUAAGUAGCAGGGACCACACUCAAGGAGCAACACGGGAACCGAAGGGAAACCCGAGGAAUUACGAAGUCAAGUAGCACCACUACCUACCACCAUCCCCGAACACUCCCUUAUCCUCGUCACCCCCCCCCCCCCCCCUGCCUCGUUGGCGAGAGAGGUUCACACGCGUGGCCCUCGCCAGACGACGAGGUCCUCUCUCGCCGACGGUUGGUGCCUCUCUUCGACGGCGUCGUCGUCGUCGUCAGUGCCUCCUUCAGUGUUCAUCCGAAGCGCCGUUUGGAUGCGUUAGGUCCUAGUUCGUCCGUCGUGCGUGCUUCAGGGGCCUUUUGAAGGCACUGAGAACAGAAGAGUGAGUGAGAGAGAGAGAGAGAAGGGGGGCGCUCCAGGAAAAGGAGGUCCUCCCCCUGGGGCCACUUGGGAUGGUGGGGGUGGCCCCCUCCUCCUCCUCCUCCUCUGGCAGGUGUGGCCCGUUCCCCAGGUGGUGGGCGGCUUGGUGCUCUGGGUUGAGUAGUGGUGGCCCCUAUGAAGACCAUGUGUUGCUGCUGGGCCCCCAAAAAUAAGGAUCAGUUGAGUGAUAGUGGGGGCCCAGCAGAUGGAGGUGGAGGAGGAGGAGGAGGUGGAGGUGGAGGAGGAGGAGGGAGCGGUGGCAGCGUUAUGGCCAACAGCAAUGGCGGAGGUCUUACAAGGGGAGGAUCCAUGCGGGGUAGCUUGCGGAAGGUGCUGCCCUCUGUCCCCGACAUGGACCAACAGCUAUCUAUGGCAGCCAAGAUGAUAGAUCGGCGAACCUCGACGCCCAAGGGCAAUCAUUCCUACACCCCUUACUUCCUGGAAUACACUCUGCUGGCCGAGUAUAACCUCUUGCAGAAACAGCAAGUCUCUGGGGUGUAUGUUGUGCCAUCAGGCAAAUCUUGUCUUGUGUGGUUCGGAGUCAUAUUCAUACGCCAGGGGAGCUACCAAGAGGGAGUUUUCCGCUUCAAUCUUCAUAUCCCAGAAAAUUAUCCUGAUGGAGAUGUGCCAACCGUAAUAUUUGAGACCCCUGUAUUUCACCCCCUCAUCAACCCAGAAACACGAGAGCUCGAUAUUAAACGAGGCUUCGCCAACAAGUGGCGGAGAAACGUGAAUCACCUGUGGCAUGUGCUGCUCUAUGUCAGAAGAUGUUUUUACAAAAUUGAAACCAGCCAUCCACUCAAUCCUGAAGCAGCAGUAUUGUACGACAGUGACAACGAAAUGUUUUUACUGCGUGUUCGAGAGUGCGUAGAAAAUAGCAAAAUUAGAGUAUAUGAACCUCCUACAACAGAUGAUCCACAUGCAAUCGUAUUUUCUCCGUAUCAGCCUGCCAUUCACGAUCAAGUCCGCGAAGAGCUCAAAAAGGAACGAAAUGAAAAUGAGAGCUCUCUCAAAGAAGGAAAUGGCAACAAUGGCUUGUCGUGGGUCAAGCCUGGUACCAUGCAAAUCUUUUCCAAGUCCGCCUCUUGACAGACCCCAUAACAAGGCUGGUAUUCCUGUCAUAAUACCAUAGUAAUGCUGAAUUUGAGUUCUGCUUCAGUUUGAAAGUAAACCCUUUUAGCCACCAGGUGCCCGUGUUGCAUACUCCAGAUAUCUAGAACGUGAAUGCCCUGUGAAAGUUAAAGACCCCUGUGGCACUUGCUUGCCAUUUCUGAUUGUUUCGAAGUGCAAAUGGACUGAAAUGAUGCAAUAAUAUUUGCUGUGGGUAGUCUUGUGUUUGUGAGGCAUCAGGAAAUUGGUGCUUAUUUUUUCAUUAUUAUUGUAAUCUGACGUGACUGUUGGCAGAAUUACUCCCUGUAGCGAGUUUGUGAUGAGAGAUAAAUUUGCCCUUUAUUUUUCUCAACCGUAUUUUCUCAAUGUCUUAGGAAAAUUUAAGACCAGUAGUGACUGAACAGUACCUAGGAUAUAUACUCUCAGUCCACAGCCAGAGAACAAAAAGUAUAUCACUCUCCUCUAAACAUAGAUAAUCCUAGUUUUUUUCUUAUUUAACUGAGGUCCCAUGGUUAGUUAUAGCUUUUAUAUGAUUUUAUAAAAUUACAUAUUUUUAGUCUUGUGAAAAAAUUAAUUACCAUGUACUUAAUGUAAGUAUACAACACACUGUAGGUCACGGAAAUUUUAAUAUACAGUAUUCGGUUAUCUUCAGGUUUUAAGCAGUGACUCCCAUUUCAUUGGGAAAGGAGUUAACCUUCCAUAACAGUAAUAUGCAAGUUCAAAAUAAAGAAUCCCUCCAACACACACUACUUUGUCCAGUACUACAAUUGUGAUAGAUGUUGUGUCAUAGGCCCAUCUUGUUUUCUGUGGCACAAGUGUAAAGGAAAAAAUAAAAAAAAAGGAAUGCUAGUCCUGAGAUUCUACACCUGACAGCUCAGUCACAUAAUUUUAGGUUGAAAUUCCAUCUACCUGAAAGUUUUUAGAGUAUCCUACAUACACCUAUAGUCCUUAAGUCUAUGCAAAGUUUUAUAUUGUUCAACUUCGUGUUUUUACGUCGCUAAUUGGCAUCCAUUUUCCAUUUUAAGAUGUUUUUGUAUGAUAUGUAAAUAAAAUGAUUAACAAAG